AAGAUUUCCAAACUCUGUGGUUGCCUUGCCUAGCUAAAAGGGGAAGAAGAGGAUCAGCCCAAGGAGGAGGAAGAGGAAAACAACACAAACAAGCAGUGUAGAGGAGAGGAACGUGUGUCCGGUGUCCCGAUCCCUGCAGAGCUGGUGGCUGGGCGCUCUGUGCCCUGGGCACCUCCCAGCCCUGCACCUGCCUGCCACUUCCCCACCGAGGCCAUGGGCCCAGGGGUUCUGCCGUUCCUGCUGGUGGCCACAGCUUGGCAUGGUCAGGGAAUCCCAGUAAUAGAGCCCAGUGGCCCUGAACUGGUUGUGAAGCCAGGAGCAACGGUGACCCUGCGAUGUGCAGGUAAUGGCAGCGUGGAAUGGAAUAGGACCCUAUCACCUCACUGGACCCUGCACUCUGAUGGCCUCAGCAGCAUCCUCACCACCAACAACGCUACCUUCCAACACACGGGGACCUAUCGCUGCACUGAGCCUGGAGACCCCCUGGGAGGCAGCGCCACCAUCCACCUCUACGUCAAAGACCCUGCCCGGGCCUGGAACGUGCUGGCACAGGAGGUGGUCGUGUUGGAGGACCAGGACGCACUGCUGCCCUGCCUGCUCACAGACCCGGCACUGGAGGCAGGCGUCUCGCUCGUGCGUUCCCGUGGCCGGCCCCUCAUGCGCAACACCAACUACUCCUUCUCGCCCUGGCACGGCUUCACCAUCCACAGGGCCAAGUACAUUCAGAGCCAGUACUAUGAAUGCAGUGCCCUGAUGGGUGGCAGGAAGGUGACGUCCAUCAGCAUCCGGCUGAAAGUGCAGAAAGUCAUCCCAGGGCCGCCAGCCUUGACACUGGAGCCUGCAGAGCUGGUGCGGAUUCGAGGGGAGGCUGCCCAGAUUGUGUGCUCAGCCAGCAACGUUGACGUUGACUUUGAUGUCUUCCUCCAACACAACAACACCAAGCUCACAAUCCGUCAACGAUCUGACUUUCAUAACAACCGUUACCAAAAAGUCCUGACCCACAACCUCGAUCAAGUGGACUUUCAACAUGCCGGCAACUACUCCUGCGUGGCCCGCAAUGUGCGGGGCAGCCGCUCCACCUCCAUGUUCUUCUGGGUGGUAGAGAGUGCCUACUUGAACCUGAGCUCUGAGCAGAACCUCAUCCAGGAGGUGACCGUGGGUGAGGGGCUCGACCUCAAAGUCAUGGUGGAGGCCUACCCAGGCCUGCAAGGUUUUAACUGGACCUACCUGGGACCCUUUUCUGACCACCAGCCUGAGCCCAAGCUUGCUAAUGUCACCACCAACAGCACAUACAGGCACACCUUCACCCUCUCUCUGCCUCGCCUGAAGCCCUCUGAGGCUGGCCGCUACUCCUUCCUGGCCAGAAACCCGGGAGGCUGGAGAGCGCUGACGUUUGAGCUCACCCUUCGAUACCCCCCAGAGGUAAGCGUCACAUGGACCUUCAUCAAUGGCUCUGGCACCCUUUUGUGUGGCGCCUCUGGGUACCCCCAGCCCAACGUGACAUGGUUGCAGUGCAGUGGCCACACUGAUAGGUGUGACGAGGCCCAAGUGCUGCAGGUCUGGGAUGACCCACACCCUGAGGUCCUGAGCCAGGAGCCCUUCCACAAGGUGACCGUGCAGAGCCUGCUCACCGUUGGGGCCUUAGAGCACAACCGGACCUAUGAGUGCAGGGCCCACAACAGCGUGGGGAGUGGCUCCUGGACCUUCAUACCCAUCACUGCAGGAGCCCACAUGCUUCCCCCAGAUGAGCUCCUCUUCACACCGGUGGUGGUCGCCUGCAUGUCCCUCAUGGCCUUGCUGCUGCUGCUGCUCCUGCUGCUAUUGUACAAGUACAAGCAGAAGCCCAAGUACCAGGUCCGCUGGAGGAUCAUUGAGAGCUAUCAGGGUAACAGUUACACUUUCAUCGACCCCACGCAGCUGCCUUACAAUGAGAAGUGGGAGUUCCCCCGAAACAACCUGCAGUUUGGUAAUAUCCUCGGAGCCGGUGCCUUUGGGAAGGUGGUGGAGGCCUUGGCCUUUGGUCUGGGCGAGGAAGAUGCGGUGGUGAAGGUGGCCGUGAAGAUGCUGAAGUCCACGGCCCACACGGAUGAGAAGGAGGCCCUCAUGUCCGAGCUGAAGAUCAUGAGCCACCUGGGCCAGCACAAGAACAUCGUGAACCUUCUGGGAGCCUGCACCCAUGGAGGCCCUCUACUGGUCAUCACAGAGUACUGUUGCUAUGGCGACCUGCUCAACUUUCUGCGAAAGAAGACUGAAGCCAUGCUGGGACCCAGCCUGAGCCCUGGCCAGGGCCCUGAGGGAGGUACCGACUAUAAGAACAUCCCCCUGGAGAAGAAACGUGUCCACAGGGACAGUGGCUUCUCCAGCCAGGGUGUGGACACCUCUAUGGAGAUGAGGCCCGUCUCCGCUUCUUCAAAUGACUCCUCUGAGCAAGACCUGGACAAGGGGGAUGAACGGCUUCUGGAGCUCCGGGACCUGCUUCAUUUCUCCAGCCAAGUGGCCCAGGGUAUGGCCUUCCUUGCUUCCAAGAAUUGCAUCCACCGGGAUGUGGCAGCGCGAAAUGUGCUGCUGACCAAUGGUCAUGUGGCCAAGAUUGGGGACUUUGGGCUGGCCAGGGACAUCAUGAAUGACUCCAACUACAUUGUCAAGGGCAACGCCCGCCUGCCUGUGAAGUGGAUGGCCCCGGAGAGCAUCUUUAACUGUGUCUACACAGUUCAGAGUGACGUCUGGUCCUAUGGCAUCCUCCUCUGGGAGAUCUUCUCACUUGGGCUGAAUCCCUACCCAGGCAUCCAGGUGAACAGCAAGUUCUAUAAAAUGGUGAAGGAUGGAUACCAAAUGGCUCAGCCUACAUUUGCCCCAAAGGAUAUGACUAUACCAAUCUGCCGGGCAGCAGCAGUGAGCCGGAGGAGAGCUCUAGUGAGCAGCUGGCCCACUUCGAGCAAGGGGAUAUUGCCCAGCCCUUGCUGCCGCCCAACAGCUAUCAGUCCUACUGAGGAGGCGAUGACAGGGAGCACCAUUCUCCUCUCCUCCAAGCUUCAACUCCUCCAUAGACGGGACAACAUGGGGAGAACAUACAAACUCUGCCUUCAGUCAUUUCACUCAACAGCUCGGCCCAUCUCUCAAACUUGGGAAGGUGAAGGAUCCAGGGGAGAUCAGAGAAUCCCACUCCCUGAGCAUGGGCCAUCACUGCCAGUCAGGGGCUGGGGGCUGAGCCCUCACCCCGCUUCCCCUACUGUUCUCAUGGUGUUGGCCUUGUGUUUGCUAUGCCAACGGAAAGACCUCCAGCCCGCUCUUAACAUCCUCACUUCCAAGAACCCCCUCUCCUAAUCCCCUCAUCUUAACAGAAUGGACUGACUUUAUGCCUGUGAAGUGCCUGGGAGCUACACUGAUAGGCUCCUUGAACGAGACAGACUGGCAGAGAAGCGAGAUCUCCCUCUCAGAGAGGAGCAGCAAGAGCGGCAGGCGUUCACACACCCCACUCAGCUCAGGCCCCUUGCAGCAGGGUGGC